AAGGCAGCGCUCCGGAGACGGAAGGGCGGAGCGAGGAUGGCAGGAAAGAACGGACGUGUCCUUCUGUAACGGGAACCGCCGCCGCCGCCGCCGCAGCAGCCAUGGAGCUUGAAACAAUGAGCAGAUACACCAGUCCGGUGAAUCCGGCUGUGUUUCCACAUCUCACUGUGGUACUCCUGGCCAUUGGCAUGUUCUUCACAGCUUGGUUCUUUGUUUAUGAAGUGACAUCCACCAAGUAUACCCGGGACAUUUACAAAGAAUUACUCAUCUCUCUAGUAGCAUCACUCUUCAUGGGCUUUGGAGUUCUCUUCUUAUUGCUGUGGGUCGGAAUCUAUGUGUGACAGUGGUUAGGAUUAUUUCAGGUUCCAGAAGCCUUUCUGCACCUCCUUUUUACUUUUUUAUUGAACAGUGUGGCUUAUCACAGUUCUGGACUAUAAUUCUAACAUGUGAGAGUUCUAACGUCAGAUCAAUAAAGCUGAAUCUGUGAUAAGCUGAA